UUUGAAUAUUUCAAAUUUUUAACAUCCGGCGGAAGUGAGACAAUCUGGGCAUUCUGGGUAAAUGACAUAUUGAAAAAUCGGUGUGGCCGAAAUUAUUUAUUAUUUAUCCUUUAGCUCAGUAUAUAUCUAGGAAAAUGGUAUAAAUAUCAAUUACAAGUAGAGUUCUACUACAGGACAUUUAUUCGAAGCAUUUUUCGUGGAUUUAUCAAUAAAGAAACUUCGAAAAUUGGUCUCAAAAUCAAUACAAUUCAACUGUAGAAAGACCCAGUUAAAAUCACAAUGUCUGCCUCAGCUGUCUUCAUUUGUGAUGUCAAAGGCAAAGUCUUGAUAAGCCGUAACUAUCGAGGUGACAUAGAUAUGUCCGUUGUUGAUAAGUUUAUGACGCUUGUAAUGGAAAUGGAAGAUGAAGCCACACUUACUCCAAUCAUCCAACAUGGGAAUGUGACAUUUUGUUAUAUCAAAUAUAAUAACUUAUACUUGCUAACUACAACUAAGAAGAAUGCUAAUGUUGCACUGAGCUUUUCAUUUCUACACAAAAUAGUUCAGGUGUUCUGUGAGUACUUCAAAGAGUUGGAAGAAGAGAGCAUUAGGGACAACUUUGUCAUCAUUUACGAACUCUUAGAUGAACUCAUGGACUUCGGUUACCCACAAACAACAGAUAGUAAAAUUUUACAAGAAUACAUUACCCAAGAGAGUCACCAAGUAGAAGUUCAAGCAAGACCCCCUAGCACAGUUACAAAUGCAGUGUCUUGGAGAUCUGAGGGUAUCAAAUACAGAAAGAAUGAAGUGUUCUUAGAUGUCAUAGAAUCUGUCAAUCUUUUGGUUUCGGCCAAUGGUAAUGUUCUACGUAGUGAGAUAGUCGGAGCUGUAAAGAUGAGAGUUUACCUCUCUGGCAUGCCAGAACUCAGACUAGGACUCAAUGAUAAAGUUCUCUUUGAAAGCACAGGAAGGGGCAAGACGAAAGCUGUUGAACUUGAGGAUGUUAAGUUCCAUCAAUGUGUUAGGUUAUCAAGGUUUGAGAAUGACCGAACUAUUUCAUUUAUUCCACCCGAUGGGGAAUAUGAUUUAAUGUCGUACAGAUUGAACACGCAUGUUAAGCCACUCAUAUGGGUUGAGUCAGUCAUUGAGAGACACGCACACAGUAGAGUUGAAUACAUGAUUAAGGCCAAGAGUCAGUUCAAGCGUAGAUCAACAGCCAACAAUGUUGAGAUCAUUGUACCAGUGCCACAAGAUGCCGACUCCCCUAAGUUCAAGACUACUGUUGGAAGUUGCAAGUACAGCCCAGAAUUGAAUGCUGUUGUGUGGAGCAUUAAAUCAUUCCCUGGUGGCAAAGAAUUCCUGAUGCGUGCCCACUUUGGUCUGCCAAGUGUCAUGAGUGAAGAUACUGAAGGAAAACCACCAAUCCAUGUUCGGUUUGAGAUCCCGUACUUUACCGUUUCUGGUAUUCAGGUUCGCUAUCUCAAGAUCAUUGAGAAGAGCGGCUACCAGGCUAUGCCAUGGGUGCGCUACAUCACCCAGGAGGGAGAGUAUGAGAUACGAACCUCCUAGCUAUGUUCGUUACUUGAAGAUCAUUGAGAAGAGUGGAUACCAGGCUUUACCAUGGGUUAGAUACAUAACACAAAAUGGUGACUACCAGCUUCGCACAUCAUAAACUUCAACUGGUGUCUAUUCUUGCGAUAUAAGAUAAGGAUGUGUAUGUAUGUAUAUGAAUAAUGAAAAACAUAAGGUUGAUGUUGGAGGACAGUUGGAGGAUGUUUUCAGUGAUGUCAUAUGAUGUAGUUAUAACAAGAGGAUGGCAUAAGGGCCAGCCUGAUGUAAGAGAGAAUAUAUCCUCCUUGGAAUUAUUGUCCUAGUUUAUUUAUAUUGCAACCUAAUUGUAUGGUAAUCCAGGCUAUAAAUUCUAUGGCAAUAUUCACUUGUAUAUCAGGCCAUCUAAGUUGGAUCAAGGCGAACUGAGUCUGAAAUCCUUAUGACGUACCCUGAUUAUAAUGAUUGACCAAUGACAGAAUGUUUUAAAAACACUGGAAACAUAGUGGAUCCAGCAUGGUUAGUGAAUGACUAUGUCAAGCAUGUGGAAGCGAUGUCAAUGUGGACUUGUAUUCUGAACAGAGAGCUUUGUAUAAAAUAAUGAAAAAAUGUGAAUAUGAAGGACAUUCACUAUUAGUAUUAUUAUUAAAUAUGGAUAUAUUAAUUAAAUAUUGAUAGUGUUUUCUUUUUUUAAGUAAAGAAUUAUUCAAAUCAUGAUUGACUAUCAAGCUACUGAUUUUAUGAAAUGUAAUUUUUGAACAUUCCAAAAUGGGUGUUCAAAAAUGAGGGAUGGAAAAUAAGAAUGCGAGUAUUUACUGUAUUUGUACAUUAUAACCUAUGUGUAAUUUCUCUUAAUUCCUUUCAAGAUAAAGAAUACUCAUUUUGAGGGCUUACAUACUCAUUUGAGGGCUUGCAU